AUAUUACUGAAAUAAACUUUUUUGUUCUGAGCUUCUUCAUCAUCAUGAACUGUUGAUAAGGAAAGGUUUUAGUGGAAAAGUACAGAAAAUAUUUUCAAGACGUUCAGUAGAGAAGUGGUACGAGAUCAAACUCCACCUCAAAAUACAAUCCAGCAAUAGAAUAUCAGAAUGAGACCAGGAGGUUCUAGGUCGAGGGAAACCAAUGCGUCUUCAUGCUCUUCUGAAACCGUAAAGGUUGCUGAGAAAGAAGUCACUCUCAACAUAAAUGGCAGUGUAUAUAAGGCAUCUGGAUUCCCGGUGAAUACAACUCUUCUAACAUUCAUCAGAAAUUAUGCAAACCUGAAAGGAACCAAAUAUAUGUGCGAAGAAGGAGGAUGUGGGGCAUGCAUUGUUGCCGCUACUAUACCCAAUCCACAGACUGGCAAAUCAACAACUAUCGCUGUCAACUCUUGCUUGACUCCAGUAUACAAUUGCCAUGGCUGGGCUAUUGUAACAAUUGAGGCACUUGGAAAUUCCUUUGAAGGGUAUGGAAAAAUUCAGACAAGAUUGGCGCAAAACAAUGGAAGCCAGUGUGGAUACUGCAGUCCGGGUAUGGUGAUGAAUAUGUACUGCCUUCUCCAGGAGAGAAAAGAUCUCACAAUGCAGGAAAUUGAAGACUCGUUUGGAGGAAAUAUUUGUCGAUGUACUGGAUAUCGAUCAAUCUUGGGUGCUUUCAAGUCUUUUGCAAAGGAUGCAAGUGAAGAUCUGAAAACAUGUGUUGACAUUGAGGAACUGACAGUGAUUUGUCCAAGAACCAAAGAGGAAUGUCACACAUUGUGUGGUGAUAUGUGUGACAGAGCAAUGAGUCCUUCGUUGGAUAAGAGUAAAAUUCAGUUGAUUGCAGACGAUGGAAAGACUUGGUACCGGGUGAAUAAUAUAAAAGAGAUAAUUGAAAUAUUUCACUUGAUUGAAGAUGAGUCAUACAUGCUUGUUGCAGGAAACACAGCUCAUGGUGUCUACCGCUCACCUAAAAAUAUAAGACAUUUUAUAGAUGUUAAAGGAGUGAGGGAGCUCACAAUUACUACAGUUGGUGAGAGCACUCUGACUUUGGGUGCUAAUAUAACCCUCACCAACGCCAUGGAGUUCUUGAAAGAAGUAUCCAAAUCACACAGCAAGUUUUUUGCUUACGCAGAACAAAUGGCUUAUCACAUCAACCUCAUAGCAAAUUUGCCAAUUCGAAACGUCGGGACCCUGGCUGGCAAUUUGUCGAUAAAACACCAACAUCGAGAAUUCCCUUCAGAUAUAUUCAUGUUGUUCGAAGCGAUUGGUGCUCAACUCAGUGUUGUUGACUCAAUAGGAAUGGAGUAUACUUUGUCUGUGGAGCAGUACUUGUACACUGAUAUGAAUAAAAAAGUGAUUAAAUGGAUUUCACUGCCACCUCUUAAUAGGUCCACGUUCUACUUCACAUCGUACAAGAUUACACCUAGGGAGCAAAAUGCACAUGCCUAUGUUAAUGCAGGAUUUCGAUUCAAAUUGAAUAAAAGGGACAAGUUCAGGGUGAUUGAUACACCAAGAAUUGUUCUUGGUGGAAUUAAUCCGCAUUUUAUUACACCUAGGGAGCAAAAUGCACAUGCCUAUGUUAAUGCAGGAUUUCGAUUCAAAUUGAAUAAAAGGGACAAGUUCAGGGUGAUUGAUACACCAAGAAUUGUUCUUGGUGGAAUUAAUCCGCAUUUUGUUCACGCUGAAACGACUGAGGACUUUUUAGAGGGAAAAUGCCUAUUGGAUUCUAAAGUACUAACACAGACAUUGCAAACUUUGGCUAGUGAAUUGAAGGCAGAUCAUGUUCUUCCUGAUGCAUCACCUGUAUUCAGAGAAGGCCUAGCUGUUUCGUUGUUUUACAAGUUUGUUCUCAGCUUGUUCCCGAAUGAAGUGUCAUCGAAAGUGAGAAGUGGCGGUGAACGGUUGUUGAGACCUCUUUCAACGGCAAGUCAGUCAUUCCAAACUGAUAAGUCACUGUGGCCUCUCAAUGAGCCAGUCAACAAACUAGAAGCGUUUGCUCUAUGCUCAGGUGAAGCACAGUACAUCAAUGACAUUCCCAGUUUCCCAGGAGAGCUGCAUGCAGCUGUGGUUGUAGCCAAGAGAGCAGCGGCUGAAUCUUUUGUACUGAAACCAGAGAAAGCACUUGAAAUGAACGGAGUCGUGGCAUUUUUCACUGCAAAGGACAUUCCAGGAAAAAAUGAAUGCAUGUCUUCAACCAUGGACCCGAUGUUCACGGGUGAAGAGGUUUUAGCAAGUGGGAAAAUAUUACACGCUGGCCAACCACUUGGUGUGAUUGUGGCCAAAACAAGGCCAAUAGCUCUAGAAGCUGCUGAAAGAGUGGUGGUCGAAUACCACAGUCAUGUUCAACCCGUCAUCGACUUUGUAGCUGUAGUCAAGGCACAAGAUACAAGUCGAAUAACAUUCAUAAGAAAAAUUGAAAGAAAACGCAAAGAUCAUGAUGUGAAACGCAAGGUCUCUGGAAAUUUCCAAAUUGGCUGGCAAUAUCAUUAUGCGAUGGAAACUCAAACCUGCCUCUGCGUGCCAUUGGAGGACGGGAUGGACGUGUAUCCAUCCACUCAGUGGCCAGCCAUGAUACAAUGGACUAUUGCUGAAUUCCUCAACGUUCAACAAAAUACUAUUAAUAUCAAUGUGAAAAGAAUUGGUGGUGCUUAUGGCUCGAAAGUCACCCGGAACAAUCAAACCUCAGCACUAUGUGCUCUGAGUGCACAUCUCCUACAGAGACCUGUCCGCUUGAGCUUGAAUCUAGAAACGAAUAUGCAAAUGACCGGGAAGAGAUUGCCCUGCUUCAUCGAGUAUGAGACUGGUGUGAAUGAGAACGGGAAAAUUCAGUAUUUGGAAGCAAAACUUUACGAGGAUAUAGGUGCGAGAGACAAUGAGAGGGCUGUUGUUUAUGGUACAUUGGACUUUCUGCCUUAUCCCUACGAUAUUGAUACUUGGACAGCCAGUAUCUAUUCUGUUAGAACUGACACUCCUCCAAAUACUUGGUGUAGAGCACCAGGAGCAACUGAAGCAUCAGCAUCAGUCGAGCAUAUAAUGGAGCACAUAGCCAGCGUUGUCAGGAAAGAUCCACUCGCUGUAAGAAUUCAAAAUUUCAGAUCCGAGUCACAGCCAUUGUUGCCGAUGAUCGAUGAGAUUAAAACUUCUUGUAAUUAUCAAAAAAGUGCGGCCGAAGUUGAAGAAUUCAAUAAGAAAAAUAGAUGGAAGAAGCAAGGCAUAUCAAUAAUACCAUUAUGCUAUGCUUUGGGAUACUUUGGCAGGUUUCAUUGUAAUAUCUCAAUAUAUGCUGGAGAUGGCACAGUUUCUAUCAGUCAUGGAGGAGUGGAAUGUGGACAAGGUAUCAAUACAAAGGUAGCUCAAGUUUGUGCUCACUUCCUUGGAAUACCAUUGGAUUUGAUAAAAGUAAAGCCAACACUGUCUCUCAUCUCCCCGAAUAAUUCAACAUCAGGAGGCAGUAUUACGAGUGAAUCCGUCUCUUUUCAUUCCAAACGGCGUGGCGCGGCGCGAUGUCACUCCAGCUGGAAAGAUCCACUCGCUGUAAGAAUUCAAAAUUUCAGAUCCGAGUCACAGCCAUUGUUGCCGAUGAUCGAUGAGAUUAAAACUUCUUGUAAUUAUCAAAAAAGUGCGGCCGAAGUUGAAGAAUUCAAUAAGAAAAAUAGAUGGAAGAAGCAAGGCAUAUCAAUAAUACCAUUAUGCUAUGCUUUGGGAUACUUUGGCAGGUUUCAUUGUAAUAUCUCAAUAUAUGCUGGAGAUGGCACAGUUUCUAUCAGUCAUGGAGGAGUGGAAUGUGGACAAGGUAUCAAUACAAAGGUAGCUCAAGUUUGUGCUCACUUCCUUGGAAUACCAUUGGAUUUGAUAAAAGUAAAGCCAACACUAUCUCUCAUCUCCCCGAAUAAUUCAACAUCAGGUGGCAGUAUCACGAGUGAAUCCGUCUCUUUCGCUGUCACAAAAUGCUGCGAGGAGAUCAAUAGUAGAUUGCGACCAUUCAAGGAAAAAAUGCCAACAGCUAAUUGGAAAAUUAUAGUACAAGCAGCUAAUGAAGCUGAUGUGGAUCUCAACUGUAGUCACAUGUUCAAGGUAGAUGAUGAUGUAUCUAACUAUUUGAUUUAUGGAGUGACCUUCAUGAAAGUAGAAUUGGAUAUGCUCACUGGACAGCAUAUGAUUUUGAGAACUGAUGUAAUACAGGAUGCUGGACAGAGCUUGAGCCCCUACAUAGAUAUAGGUCAAAUUGAAGGAGCCUUCAUUAUGGGACUGGGAUACUUCCUCUGGGAAAAACUAAUCUUUGACAAAGAAACAGGGAAACUUCUCACUGAUAGAACAUGGAACUACAAAACACCAGGAGCUAAGGAUAUUCCAGCUAAUCUCAAUAUUACUUUGAAGAGAAACUCUAAAAAUCCUCACGGAGUUCUACGAUCAAAAGCAACUGGUGAGCCACCGCUACUCAUGAGCUUUGCUGCGGUGUGUGCAAUGAGGAGAGCCAUAGAGUCAGCUCGUGUCGAUUCUGGCAAACAAGAAGAUUGGUUUGAUAUAAAAAUGCCGCUAACUUGCGAGAAUAUAUGGCUACAUGGAGCAACUAGAAUUGAUGACAUGACCCUCUGACUGUUUUGUUGAUAAACUCAAUCAAUGGGCAUUGGUGAUCAGCUUAUGAUGUGAUACAGUAGGAUACACAUUGAAACAAUAUUAAAACAGUGAAUUUAUGACCUAGAAUGUAUUUUUCCAAAUUUAUUGCAUGGUUUUAGACAGUACAUUAUGUUAUUCUAUUAGAGAGAGUAAGAUUGCAUGUUACGUACUCUUUAUCAGUCGGAUACUGGAGGUAUAGUAUUUGUGGAGACAUGAUUCCAGGAGUUUUAUCAGAAGCCUAUGUAUCCGAAGAUCUGCUGAAAAAUGUUUUGACACUAUAUUGCAAUAUUUUUUUCAUUAAAGAAAAAAAAUAUUGAUACCGUAUAUAUAGGCUACCACUAUAAGAUUGUACUAUGUAAGGCCUGGUUAGGUGGAAUUCUCUCUCUCUCACUCUCUUUUUCUCUCGAUCACUAAAAAUUCCAUGGGAGUAGACAACAUUCCAAUCACUUUUUAUAAGAAGUUACUUCCAAUAAUAUUGCCUUGUAUAACACACAUCUUCAAUUUUUCUCUACAGUCCAGUGUUUAUUCGGAAUUAUGGAAGCGCUCUUUAGUGAUCCCUAUACCUAAAAAGAAAAAUCCAGCUAUUCCUUCUGAUUUCAGAGGCAUUCACUUAUUAUGUUC